UUAAGUAUUUGUAUGCAUCCAUCGUAUUGAUUUGUUGCAGAAUAAACACUUCAAAUUUUAUGUAUCAAACUUUAUAACGAGGCAGUAAAUGCUACCUAUUAUACUAGUUGCUUCGAAAUAUCGCGAAAUCCUAGGCUAGAAAACUAACAGAUUCUGUACAGAUAAACACAAAAUAUGGACGACGAAACAGUUGCUCUCAUAUUGGCGAUAUCGAUUGCCGUGCUAGUGGUUAUCGGUCUAAUAUUUUGGCAUUUUUAUCGUCGCUGGAGGAAACGCAAUUCACAAGGACUCCAAGAAACUCGUCAUCGUGACGUUCGAAGAGUUUAUCAAGAUAUUUUUAGUAGUGCUAGUUCGCAAGAAAUCAGAGGCACUCAUCGGUCCCACGUUCCGGAGGCUCGAAUAGUGUAUCAAGAUAUUUUCACUGUGUCUGGUUCGGAACAUAGGCGUGAAUUACCAACUGCAACACGGCAGCAGAGUGACCCCACAAGACGAAAUUACGAAUAUCCCUACUACACAAAUGAGCUGGAACUCACGCACGUGACGCCUGUAACACGUGGUCCAUUACGGCAGCAAAGCGGAUUUUCAAAUAGAAAUUUCGAGGACGAUCUUUAUCCUGCAUAUGGCUUGGGACGCAGCCGAGCUGCUGCACCUGCUAGACGGGAUCCACCCUCGAACCAAAGAUCUAAUACCGCGUACAAUAAGUACAAUGUAAUUACGUUGUACGAAAAUGAGCGUAAGAAGGAUUCGUAUGAAUCCGACUUGGAUUCUGAUUCUUCCGACAAGGUUGCACAGCAGACGUAUGAAGCAAAGAAAUUGACGGGAAACGAAAUUUUAAGAAAAAUUCAAAAUAAUAUGGUCCUAGACAAGGAACUAAACCAUGCAAUAUCAGUUGUGGAAAGUACGGCUGCUGUAAUAAUCGGAGUAGACGCCACACCGCAUAAUAUUGGGGGCUAUUUCAUAAAUCUGGCUCAAAAACGGGGAGAAUUCUAUUCUUUUCCUGUCGAUAAGUUACCCUGGACCCUUACGCCGAAACAAAAUAGGGCGGGAAAUCCGGCCGAAUUUGAAAUGAAGAACCUAAUUUUUGCUCUCUACCUGUGGAAAAAUGAGCUCUGUCAGAAAGGCCCGUCUUUCAAAGCGAUCGUAUUCACAGACAAUUUCGAUUAUGAUAAAAAGCAGACACCGUACGGAAUUCGGGCACAUCGAUUAGUUCGACAUUUACAAAAUUGUGAAAGAGUUCAGAUCGAGGUCAGAGUGAAAGGCACGAACGAGACGGAUAUCGAAGAUCACGCCAAAUUUGUUAAACCUGCGGACGACUUCUCACGAAAGAGGUUUAAAGAAGGGCGGAAUUUUUUGUUUGAUUACUUUGGCGUGAUUAGGCAAAACUUAACGGGGUCACAUGAUCCUCCUAUUUAUGGGACACAUUUUAAAGAAUCUAUAAAAGCGAGGGAACAAUUGGAGCGGAUGAAGAAAAAUCAUUCCAAAUUUAAGUACAUGGAGUGUGAGAGUUGUAAUUUUGAAGAAAAUAGUCCGUCCCUUCGUUCUGUCGUAAUUUAAUGCUUUAAUGCCGGUGGCCCCAAUCAAAUUCAUGUACAUAUCAAAUGUCCUCUCAAACCAUGCAAAAUAGGAUAUCAAAUUCAUGUACAUAUCUAUAAUGUAAUAUUUUAAAUAAAUAAUUACUAUAGCUUCUUUAACUA